AUGGAUCCGAAGGAGAGAGCGUAUCAUGAGGGCUUCAUGCGCGAGGCUAUUGCCAUGGCUGAACUUGCACUCAAGAGCGAUGAGACCCCCGUCGGCUGUGUCUUCGUCAAGGACGGCGAGGUCAUUGGACGAGGCAUGAACGAGACAAAUCGGACCCUGAACGGUACCCGCCACGCCGAGUUCGUCGCCAUCGCUGGCAUCUUGUCAAAGCACCCCAUCAGCAUCCUCAACGAGACAGACCUCUAUGUCACCGUUGAGCCAUGCGUCAUGUGCGCGUCCAUGCUGCGCCAGUACGGCAUCCGAGCCGUCUACUUCGGAUGCUGGAACGAGCGUUUUGGUGGCACCGGAGGUGUUCUGAACAUUCACUCUGAUGCUAGCGUCGACAAGCCCUACCCAGUCACCGGCGGCAUCUUCCGAGAGGAAGCCAUCAUGUUGCUCCGGAAAUUCUACGUCCAAGAGAACGAAAAGGCCCCCGAGCCCAAACAGAAGAAGACGAGGGAGCUGAAGACAGAGAUCCUGCCCAUGGACGUUCAUCAGCCCAAGUCGACCCCAUCACCUGCUAUUCGUGCUCCGGCUAAUGCGACCUCGACCGGAUCCAUCCCGACACUGUCUUCUUUGAGCGCAUCCGCCGCCGCUGCAGCUGUCGCGGUCCCCAAGACUGUGUUUCCCACGCCCGGCCAGGCUCGACCCAGCUCUGCCAGCACAGCUCUUGCUUGA